CGACAUGAUGAUGGGUGGUUUUGAUUGGUUACAAGAAUCUGCUACGAGAUUGUUGUGACUCUAGUUGGCAUAACCAACGACGACAAUGAUGCCACUUGCCUCGAAUCACGACUACAACCAGGGUUCGUCAUAGAGUUGAGGUUUGGUUUCAGAAUUCAGAGCAAGUACCCAUUGUACUGAUUGAAUCCAAAUUCCAAAUCCUCUUUGUAUUCGAAUCAACCACUGUGGUUACCUUCCAUAGGGAUGAAAGUGAAGGGAUUGUUGUCAAGACUGGUUCCAUAGAACUCAAAAGCAUCAAAACAUUGAAAAAGGGGCAGAGAAUUCCCGUGAAGCACAUAAAUGCAGAGGGCCAGAAAGAAGAACAUUUAACAUUCCAAUUUUUCUUUUUCUUGCAGUUUGGUCCCAAACCCUAUUUAUUUCACUUCUCAACAAUCCCUCUGUCUCAUACUUCUCGUGAACCCAUUAUUACUUGCGGCUAAAUCCACCACCACAUUUCCUUCCCCCGCCCACCAAGCCACCAAUGCUCUAUGCCCCAUUUUGCAGUAAAUUCUGCCAUCCUCUCCCACAUAUAUAUAUAUAAACCACAGAAAGAAACCUCCAAAACCCUGCACUUUUCUUCAGAGCUCCCAAAAUCCUCCCAAAAAUGGCACAACUUUCCUCUUUGCCUCUCCUACUAUUCAUAACACUCCUUCAUUUCACUCACAUUGCCUCUUUCACCAUCAUCGUGUCCGACUCCAACAACCAAACCGGUCUGGCUGACCGUGUCGAACCGGGUCAAUUCUCCCCGGACACGAACCAUGCUCGGACCGAGCCCAACGAGCAGGAAGCGGUUUACGACGUGAUGAGGGCGACGGGCAACGAUUGGGCAACCGACAUUCCCGACGUCUGCAGGGGACGGUGGCACGGGAUCGAGUGCGUCCUCGGCAAGGACAACGUCUUCCACGUGGUGUCGCUGUCGUUCGGAGCGCUGUCGGACGAGACCGCCUUCCCGACGUGUGAUCCCUUCAGGUCGUUCAUUUCUCGCUCGGUGACCAGGCUCCCCCAUUUGAGAACCCUCUUCUUCUACCGCUGCCUAACUCACAACCCGCAACCAAUUCCUUCCUUUCUGGCUCAAUUUGGACCCACUCUGCAGACCCUGGUUCUUCGAGAGAACGGUCAUGUGGGUCCCGUCCCGAGCCAGCUGGGGAACCUCAGCCGACUCAGGGUUCUUGAUCUCCAUAGGAACAACCUUAACGGUUCGAUACCGGUUGAGUUGGGCCGGUUGGACGGGUUGAAGUCGUUGGAUUUGAGCGGAAACAAGUUAACGGGUUCGAUACCCUGGGUCACGUUUUCGUCCUUGAAUGUGCUGGACUUGAGCCAAAACCUCCUCAAGGGUUCGAUCCCACCCACCAUUGGCUCGAGCCAUCGACUUAUCAAGCUCGAUGCUAGCCGCAAUCGUCUCACCGGUUCGAUUCCAGAUGCCAUCGGUGGCUUGAAGGAGCUCAUCCUCAUGGAUUUGAGCUACAACCGGCUGUCCGGCCCACUCCCGGCGACCAUCAGAGGCUUAACUUCUCUGCAAGCAUUGAUUCUCAAGGGCAACCCGUUGUGGUCCACCGCUCUGCCUGGCACUGAGUUUGAAGGUAUGAAGGCACUGCAAGUUCUAGUGAUGUCCAACAUGAACCUGUCAGGUCCGAUCCCAGAGUCACUGGCCAGGUUGACGAGCCUGAGAGUGGUUCACCUAGAUGGCAACAAACUCAACGGUUCGAUCCCAAAGGCAAUCGGGGAACUGAGGAACCUGUCGGAGUUGAGUUUAAAUGACAAUGAACUGAGUGGCUCUGUGCCAUUUGGAAGAGAGAUGGUUUGGAAGAUGAGAAGGAAGCUCAAGCUUUACAGCAACACAGGGCUUUGCUAUGAAUCCGGUAGUGGGUUAGGAGGAGACGGUCCAGAUUCUGGUUCCUACUUCGACUUGGAAAUUGGUUUAUGUACAUGACAGUAGCAACGUUGUUGAUAGUUGUUUUUGGUCCAGCGUAUCUCAAUGAAACAACUUCCCAAGUGUAUAGUGAAAGUUCUUCAAAUUACUACUGCAUGCACCAAAUACUAACAAACAGGAUUUACACAUCAUAAACUAGUUCAUCAGAGAUAGAUUUACAUAAAAUUCAAGUACAUUACAAAGUAGAAAUGAUAAAGAUACUGCAAAUCC